AUGUCGUCACUCUUUUCCGACCCGGACGGCGAGUCUACGCGGCGACUCAACGAGGACAUUGCUCGUGUUACCGCCCCGAGAAAACUUCCCGUCAAUUGGGAGGCUGCCCACCGCAAGUGGCCAGAAUACUUUUCCAAGCCCGAUACGAACAAGGCACCUAUCUUUGAUGAUGCCAACGAUGUACGACCCUGGAAACCACAGUCCAAGGAGAACAAGCCGCCUGUCUCCAACGUCAAGUUCGCCGUUGAUGACUCAACUCAGGACAUCUGGCCUUCUACGACCAAGACACGUGCCGAAAUGCAGCCCCGCGUCGACAACGAAUCCGACAUCUCUUCCAUCCUGGACAAAUCACCCGCCAGACCUGUUUCCAAUUACGGCGCCACGAAAUCCCAGAAAAACCCUAGCCCAUUGUCCAAGCCGCACACCCGAGCGCCUUCAGAGCCCGUCGGAAAUGAGCAGCGACGUUCCUCCAUCACAGAUGCCUUUAACCGUCUCCAGCGAGCCUCUCUCAGCCCUAGAAAUGCGGAUCAGGACUCCCCAAACGUGUCCUCGGCCAAAUCUAGCUUGACCGCCGUGCCACCAUCACCAGCUUCCAUCGCAAGCCCGAGCCAUAACGCGUCUAACGUACGUUCAUUCUUUAUGCCAGAUGUCUCUCACCUUGGAGACUUCGUGACUGGUACCCUCAAGUUUAGCGGCUCCAUGAAAAACGGAGUCCCAAUUUUCGUGAAACAUGGCAAGGUCCAUGAUCGACAGGAACGGCCUUCUGCCGCUGCCCAUGCACAAGUCGAUGGCAUUGAAGUCCCCAAAGAUGAAGAGAAAAUAUUUGUUUCUAUGGAUAUGAUCCGCGAUGAGAUUGUUUCUUUGCAAGCCGCCCAUGAUAAGGUUCAGGAAUAUGCAGAGGGCCUACAGCUUCAGGUUGAAAGACUGGAAGCUCAGCUCAGGCACGGCAGAUUCAGCGGAAGCGGCUAUGACCAAAGCGACAAGAUUAUGGCACAAAAGAAGAAACUUGAGUUAGAGGUUGCGACUUUGCAAGCCCGCUUGGAUAGUGCUACACGAAAAAUCAGCACGAAUGAAAUUGCAAAUGAUGCUGUCGCUCAUGAACGUGAUAGGGCUAUUAGCCGACUGCAGGACGCGUGUGAAGAUAUUAGCAAGCUUACUCGUAAGCUCAGCGUUCGAGAAAGGGAGCUUUCCACUUCGCGGGAACAACUGGAAACGUCGGAUCACAUUCGACGGGAUAAUGACACUCUUCGCCGAGAUCUUUUAUCACUAAAGCAUAACCGCGAUGCGAUGGAGCUCGACAAUGCAUCUCUCCGCACCGAUAACGAAAAUUUGCGAAAGGAGCAGAAGCGUCUGCGAGAAGAAAUCGAUUCACUUCGCGCCAAGAAGAGCAAUCGUAAUGAUUCUAUACUGGCUGAGAAUCGGUCUCUUCACACCAACAACCAUAGACUGGCGGAAGAAAAUGACGACCUUCGCGAGAAUCUCGAUGCAGCCCAGCAUGAGCUGGAUGUGGCUCGCGAAGAGAUUGACACUCUCCGUAUGGCGGUAGAGACAAUCACACAAGAAAAGUCAGCUCUGCAGGGAGACAACGACAGUCUGGUCCGACACAAUGAAAAGUAUUUCAACGAAAAUAAGAUUCUUCGACGAGAGAAUUCGGGCUUCGAGCGUAGUGUUCAUGACCUUCACGAACAGAAUCUCAAGAUGAAGGAGGAGGUUGACUUCCUGAAACAGCAGCUUGACCACUGCAGGCCAUCACACAAGAACGAGAUUUCUGGUCGUUUGGAUGAAGAAACGGAGGAAAAUAUGACAUCAGCGUACUUUCUUCCUGAUAUUACUGUUAAGACGAAUGAGUCUCAUCCUUCAGAGCCCACAGCGACUAAGGACAUGCCCACCCUGCCUGAAGUGACCACUCAGGGCUACACCAGUGAACUAGAAACGCGGGACAUUUCACAGCGUACAAGCAACAACCGACAGCCUGUCAAGACGAGUGAGUCUCAUCCUGCAGAGCCCACAGCGACUAAGGACGCGCCCACGCUACCUGAAGUGAUCACUCAAGGCUACACCAAUGAACAAGAAACGCGGGAUACUUCCCGACGUACAAGCAGCAACCGACAGCGAUCUAAAAGUAGGCCCCGCGCAUCAUCUAAAGUUGUGGAAUUCUCGAUCCCAGAGAAGUCGGUCAUCCGAAACAAAAACAGUGGUAAUACAGCGAACCGGGGCAGCAAGCGGCGACAUGCCAGGGCACCUUCGACGACUGAGUUGGAUCUUACCAACGAAGACGUUGACAUCACGGGUGACUUGCAAUCUGAGGACUUUACGAAUCAAGACGCGGCUAUCUCACUCCGUGUCAGGGUGUGUCUUAAAGGAUUAAUGAAUCGCACUAAAUGA